UUUUUUUUUUUUCAGUAUUAGCAGUCAGCUUUUUGAACUUUGGGUCUUUUUAAAUUGCAUCUUGUGGUUUUUGCGAAAAAAGUCUCUGCUCGAGCGUAUUAUUGCCUCACGAAUCUGUGCAAGUUUUUGGACUGCUUCAUUGAAAUGUUUUAGAGGUUUCCAUUCUCAGUUGAUCAAGAAUGUAUUGCUUCGCUCUUUCUGUAUCACCUGUGAUGCAGUUUUGGAGGGAACAAGAGAGGUUACACCUACUGUCCUCAAGUCUGCAACUGGCUUGGAAGUGACUAAACUUUCACCAAAAAAGUGGGGACUUUCUGGUGCUUCUAGCAUUGCUCUGGCUGCUUUUCUGGGUGGAGUCUCCUAUCUCCUUUCUCAGGAGAUUGAUGUGCGGCCAAACCUUGCUGUCAUCUUGGGUCUAGCUUAUAUGGAUUCCGUUUUUCUUGGUGGUACUUGUUUAGUCCAAAUAUCAUGCUACUGGCCGCCACAUAAGCGUAGAAUCAUUGUUCACGAAGCGGGUCAUCUUCUUGUUGCAUAUCUCAUGGGCUGUCCAAUCCGUGGUGUGAUAUUGGAUCCGAUUGUUGCAAUGCGUAUGGGGGUUCAAGGCCAGGCUGGAACCCAAUUCUGGGAUCAAAAGAUGGAGAGUGAGAUUGCUGAGGGACGACUUAGCGGUAGCUCAUUUGAUAGGUAUAGCAUGGUACUUUUUGCUGGUAUUGCAGCUGAAGCGCUAGUUUAUGGUGAGGCUGAGGGUGGGGAGAAUGAUGAAAAUCUUUUCAGGAGCAUCUCAGUCCUUCUGGAACCACCGUUGUCAGUUGCUCAGAUGUCGAAUCAAGCCAGGUGGUCUGUUCUACAGUCUUACAAUCUGAUCAAGUGGCACAAGGCGGCACAUAGAGCCGCUGUUGAAGCUCUCCAAGUGGGAAGUCCUCUUAGCAUUGUUAUUAGAAGGAUUGAGGAAGCAAUGUCUUCAAGCAGAUGACUGAAGCACCAGCAUAUUCUGUAAUUCAUACUAAUACGGACACCCGAUAAAAAGAUCAUUUGGAACCUAUGAGCCCGAAGCAGAUAAUCUCGAAAUAAACCACCUGACUGCAACUGGAGUGGUGAAAAAGGACUUGUAUCUUUGGAUCCAUGUUCAUGCAAGUUAAGGUUUUAUUCACUAAGGGAGAUGUGGAGGCAAGAUAGUAGCUCUCUUGCCUUAUUCGUCUGUGUUUCAAGGGUUUAAACUUUAAAGGAAUCGUAGCCAUGCUUUUAAUAGCUUAAAAUAAUUGUAAAGUAUCUAUCAGUCAGUCACAUGAAAGCUGUAUAUAGUUAUGCAACCACUGGUGUAUCAGUUACUAGCCAUUAUAUGUCGUCUUAUGUCCUCUAGUUAUGCAACCACUGGUUUUUCUUGAGAAA